GUUUCGCGUCCCGUCGCAGCCACGGGUCUCCAGCACAAAGUACGGAAACUCAAAAGUUAUGUUUUGUGCGGUGAAAUAACAUGUUAAUCUCCUGAUCGUCUCCUGAUGGCAGAGGUUUAUUAUGUCGGGGUGGACGUGGGCAGUGCCGGUGUGAGGGCUGCACUGGUGACCAGGGCUGGCCUGGUGGUGAGCACUGCAGAGGAGACCAUCAGCAUCUGGGAGCCCCAGUCUGACCACUAUGUCCAGUCCUCCACUGAGAUCUGGGAGAAAUGCUGCACAGUUGUCAAGAGAGUUACCCAAAGUGUUGAGAAGAGUCGGGUACGAGGGAUCGGCUUUGAUGCCACCUGCUCACUCGUGGUUUUGGACCAAAGCUUCCAGCCUGUGCCAGUCUGUCAGGAUGGUGACAAACAAAGGAACGUGGUGAUGUGGAUGGACCAUCGUGCUGAAGAACAGGCUGCUCGUAUAACCAACACGGGCCACGGGGUCCUGAGCCGGGUGGGAGGAGUCAUGUCACCAGAGAUGCAACCCCCUAAGCUGCUCUGGCUCAAAGAGAAUCUAAGAGAAAGCUGCUGGAACAAAGCUGCUCACUUUUUCGAUCUCCCAGACUUCCUGUCGUGGAAGGCAACAGGCUCUUUGACACGGUCUUUAUGUACUCUGGUGUGUAAAUGGACUUAUUGCCCUCCAGAUGGAUGGGAUGCUGGUUUUUGGACCAACAUUGGACUCGAGGAGCUCCUGGAAAACAACUUUUCCAAAAUAGGCAGCGCGACUUGUUCUCCAGGGAGCCCACUGGGAGACGGCCUCACCCAGGACGCAGCAGCAGAGUUAAACUUGGAGCCAGGAACUGCAGUCGGUGCUUCUCUCAUUGAUGCUCAUGCUGGAGGCCUUGGUGUGAUAGGUGCAGAUGUAAAAGGCUUUCAGCUGCCCUGUGAGGACCAGCCGCUCACCUCACGCAUGGCGAUGAUCUGUGGAACAUCAACCUGUCACAUGGCGAUCAGCAAGCAGCCUCUGUUUGUGCCAGGAGUGUGGGGGCCCUGCCUGUCGGCCAUGGUGCCCGGCAUGUGGCUCAACGAGGGGGGGCAGAGUGCUACAGGAAGGCUGAUUGACCACAUGGUGAAGGGCCACGCCGCCUACACCCAGCUCCAGCAACAGGCCCAGCAGAGAUUUCCCCUUACUGGCGAGAACAUCUUCAGCUACCUGAACAACCACCUGAGUUCGAUGGCUACUUCUAAUUCUGUUGACCUGCUGGGCUCCAGUCUCCACGUGUGGCCGGACUUCCACGGGAACAGGUCGCCCCUGGCUGACCCGACCUUGAAGGGCAUGGUGAUUGGACUGCCACUCUCCCAGACCUUGGAUGACUUGGCCCUGCUCUAUUUGGCCACCAUACAAUCCCUCGCUCUUGGUACUCUUCAAAUUCUGGAGGCCAUGAAAGAAGCAGGUCACGACAUCAGAACCCUCUUCCUGUGUGGCGGCUUGAGCAAAAACGCUCUGUUUGUCCAGAUUAACGCCAACGCCACAGGGUUGCCCGUGGUGUUGCCAGACCAGACGGAGGCGGUGUUGAUAGGAGCCGCAGUGCUGGGUGCAUGUGCCUCACAGGACUACAGCACUGUACAGGAGGCAAUGGAGAGAAUGGCUAAAGUGGGGAAAGUUGUUCAGCCUGACUUUAAGCUCCAGAGCUUCUACGAGAGAAAGUACAAAGUGUUCCUGCGACUGUUCGCCCACCAGAGGGAGUACCAGGCCCUCAUGAACCAGAGACGACACGGCUGGUGGGAGGCAGCCGAGCUGGAACUGACUCUCUCUGUGUCAUAGGGAUGACAAAUCCACACACUGGAAACGUGAACAGAAGUCUUGACCUUGCUGCUUUUCCUGAUAUGAAUGGUCGAGUUAAAAAAAUGCAAUCAAUAACCUGAUGGACACCGGUAGUCUGAGGCUGAAUAUCAGUCAGGAGGUUUGCUUGAUUCUGUUUAAUGCGAGUUUAGACUUCAUUACUGCAGGAUUUCAAACCACCUGGCAGAUGACGGUAGAGAAGAAGACCUCUAUGGACACGAGCUGCGGGAGCUUUUUAUGGCUGUCUGACUUUUAGAUCCCCAGCUGCAGUUCUACCCAGAAGGAAGAGGAGGGGCUGCAGGAGUGAAUGUGCUGACAUCAACAGAUACGAUGACUUGCGGCUCUCUCCUCAGCUCAACGCCAUCAAGGACCGUCUCCUUCACAUGUAUUCCUAAUAAAUAAUUAAAAUGAUAGAACUCUGUUCGUACCUUUCACCAGUCACUCCACCCUAA